AUGACGGUCGGACCCCAGAACCAGGCGUUGGUGCUGGACUUCGGCUCCGGAAGAGACUGUGAAAUUGAAAACCAUCGGAAGCUUUCGCCUAACAAAUCAUUUCCGCCCAUAAGAAAUCCCUACACCUUAGAAUGGAACAUCUAUUUCCCGGGCUGUUAUUCUUUUGGAGAUCACCAAAAGGCAUUCCGACCUGGAGCCAAUGUGUCUCUAUGGAGGCUGAAGAGUGGGGACGCCUCACUGAAGCUGCCUGGAGUCCAGCUGGAGGAAGCAGGAGAGUACCGAUGUGAGGUGGUUGUCACCCCUCUGAAGGCACAGGGAAUGGUUCAACUUAAAGUUGUGGCUUCCCCAACCAGCAGAUUGUUUCAGGAUCAAGCGGUGGUGAAAGAGAAUGAAGGCAAAUAUAUGUGUGAGUCAAGUGGGUUCUAUCCAAAGGAUAUUAAUAUAACAUGGGAGAAGAGGACCCAGAAGUCUCCCCAUCACGUAGUGAUUUCUGAGAACAUCAUCACUGGUCCCACCAUCAAGAAUAUGGAUGGUACAUUUAACAUCACUAGCUGCUUGAAGCUGAACUCCUCUCAGGAAGACCCUGGGACUGUCUACCAAUGUGUGAUACAGCAUGAGUCCUUGCAUACUCCUGUGAGCAUCAACUUUAACCUGACUGCUCCUCGGCAGAGUCUUUCUGAAUCUGAGAAGACAGAUGUCUCUUCCACUUAUAGGUGGCUUAUUCCAUUAAUUGCUGUUGGAUUGAUUUUAAUUUUUUUGAUUUUUUUAAUUGUUUGGAUUCGUUGGAAAAAGUUAUCUGGACACUUGGUACAACACAGUGUCUGUUAUCUGGGCCUGGGGAGACCUCAGAGGCCCUGGGGAGCCCAGAGACCUGUGGAGUGUCAGGGUGGCUCUCCUCCUGUGAAUGCAAGCUCCCUGGGAAAGUUCUCCCUAGAAAAAGAUGUGGGGAAGGAGCUCAGAUGGACAGAGCCUCCUGCCCGUGGAGAGAGCGUGGGCCCUGGAGAAGCUGCGUGUUUUGGACAUAAUCUAGGCUGUCACAGAACAGCCAAGCCUGCUGCCAGUUUCCAAUCUGGGAUCUCAGGUUUGGUGGAAAAGCCAGGACCAGUGGCCCUGAUUUUCUCUGCUGAAGUAAGUCUUCUUUGUGGCCAGCAGGUGGCGCUAAGCCCUCAGUUCUGUGGGCUUCACACUCAACAGCAGCUUAAGGUCCCUGGCGGGUGGAGGAAGGUUACUCUGGAUGGGGCUCCAAGGAUGGUGCUGCCAGCAGGUCCUUAUUAG